CCAGCGCUGUGGUCAUGUCAGUGUGGUUUUCUAGAGCAGGAGGAGGGACUUUAGCAUUGCUGGCCAAGUCUUGACAGUUAGUAGCUAGCAGGGAGCUGUAUGCUAAUGUUAGCAGACGGGGCAGAAUGCCGUUAUGGUCAAAAAGUGCGGAAAACGCCUUUAGUUUGACGGGGUUGGUUUAAGUGGUGCCAGGAGUCGCCGGGACUUAGAGGAAGCUCGGGCGUAGAUGUAGACGGGCUGCCCCAGCUGCUUAAGGAUCUGAUCAUAUGAGGGCAGACCACUUCAAAGUGGAUGAAACUAGGUCAGGCUGAAUCAAACCAGACUCAGACCAGAUCACAACAGAGCAGACCAGACUGAUUCAGACGAUACCAGGCCCGUCCAGGAAGCCUGUUCCAGUUUCCUGUCCAGUUGAGGGCUCCAGAGUGGAUGGAAGGAGAUGAUUUUAACACACAGGCUGUGAUGAACAUCUGUGAUGACCUGAUGGCAGACCAAAGGAUGGACAUCUCGUCUACAAUGACUGACUUCAUGUCCCCCAGCUCCACUGACCUCAUCUCCAGUUCCAUCAGCACGCCUGGCAUGGACUACACCCGCAAAAGGAAAGGCAGCACCACCGACUACCAAAUUGAUGGCUUCUCAUUUGACGACAUGGACCCAGAUAAAGAUAAACUGGGAAGUGACCAACAGGGCAGGAUUAAGAAUGCCAGAGAGGCUCAUAGCCAGAUUGAGAAACGUCGCAGAGACAAGAUGAACAGCUUCAUCGAUGAGCUGGCGUCACUGGUGCCCACCUGCAAUGCCAUGUCCCGCAAGCUGGAUAAACUGACAGUCCUCCGGAUGGCUGUCCAACACAUGAAGACGCUCAGAGGUGCAGCCAACCCGUACACAGAGGCAAACUACAAGCCUUCCUUCCUCUCAGAUGAUGAACUGAAGCACUUGAUACUAAGGGCUGCUGAUGGCUUCCUGUUUGUGGUCGGAUGCGAUCGUGGCAAGAUCCUGUUUGUUUCUGAAUCCGUGUACAAGAUUCUCAACUACAGCCAGAAUGACCUGAUAGGUCAGAGCCUGUUUGACUACCUUCACCCCAAGGACAUCGCCAAGGUCAAAGAGCAGCUGUCGUCCUCUGAUACAGCCCCACGAGAGAGACUCAUCGAUGCUAAAACUGGUCUUCCUGUGAAGACGGACAUCACCCCCGGUCCUUCUAGACUCUGUUCUGGAGCUAGGCGGUCAUUUUUCUGCAGGAUGAAGUGCAACAGGCCGUCUGUCAAAGUAGAAGAUAAAGACUUUCCCUCCACCUGCUCUAAGAAAAAAGCGGAUCGUAAGAGCUUCUGCACUAUCCACAGCACAGGCUACUUGAAGAGCUGGCCACCUACCAAGAUGGGUCUCGACGAAGACAAUGAACCCGACAACGAGGGCUGCAACCUGAGCUGCCUGGUGGCCAUCGGCCGCCUGCACCCCCACAUCGUCCCCCAGCCCAGCCUGGCAGACAUCAGGGUGAAGCCGACAGAGUACGUCUCCCGGCACGCCAUCGACGGCAAGUUCGUCUUCGUUGACCAGAGAGCCACAGCCAUCCUAGCCUACCUACCCCAGGAGCUGCUGGGAACUUCCUUCUAUGAGUAUUUCCACCAGGACGACAUCAGCCACCUGGCAGAAUGUCAUAGACAAGUGCUACAGAUGAGGGAGAAGAUCAACACCAACUGUUACAAGUUCAAGAUCAAAGAUGGCUCCUUCAUCACGUUAAGAAGCAGAUGGUUCAGCUUUAUGAACCCCUGGACCAAGGAGGUGGAGUACAUCGUGUCUACCAACACUGUGGUGUCGUGUCCUAUGAUGGAGGGAUCAGAUUACCCUCAGUCUGCUGCCUCUCCACAGAGUAUGGACAGCGUUCUGACCUCAGAGGGUGGGGGGAGGCGGGCGCUGCAGACGGUGCCUGGUAUCCCCGGCGGCACAAGAGCAGGAGCUGGGAAGAUUGGACGCAUGAUUGCUGAGGAAGUGAUGGAGAUCCAGAGGAUUCGAGGCUCCUCCCCCUCCAGCUGUGGCUCCAGCCCUCUGAAUAUUACCAGCACACCUCCACCCGACACCUGCUCCCCAGGGGGCAAGAAGAUUCAGAACGGAGGGACGCCCGAGCUGCCCAGCACGGGGCUGCUUCCUGGACCCGACUCUGUUGGCUACCCCUACUCCAACCAGUCCAUCAUGAGUGACAACUCCCACCUGAGCAUAGACAUCAUGGAUGAGCCCGGUUCCAGCAGCCCCAGCAACGACGAGGCAGCCAUGGCUGUCAUUAUGUCCUUGCUGGAGGCGGACGCUGGCCUCGGGGGGCCCGUCGACUUCAGCGACCUACCCUGGCCGUUGUGAGGAAGCUGGGAGGGACGAGCCGGAGCUGCUGACGUGGGGUCGACGUCUGGUUGCCACGUUUUCCAACCUGUGUGCAUGACGGCACCGCAAAAAUGCUCAUCUUAACAGAAAAAGGAAGAAAAAAGGAAAAAAAAAACGCUCUGUAGAUACAGAAGAGAUCCUCUCUCUUUAGGUGUCCAUCAGACUGGAUGGCCGUUAGGUUUCACCCCCAAGUUUUUAGUUCAUCAUUCCCUGCAGGUGGAGCUGAGAUCCUGUUAAGAUGCAAAUUUUUCCAGUGCUGGUUUUCUAACGUUGCCACGGUGAGAAACCUUUUCUCAAACAACGGCGGUGCUGACAUGUCGAUGCUCCUUCACUCUCUACCCCAUCAACCCAAAUUAACAGAAGGCCCCCCCCCAAGACACUCGAGACAGUGGCAGAAGUUUAAUGGUGUUGUGUUGGGUGGUGAGCCCCCUGUCUCUGAGGUUUCCCUGUAGGAUACUGUACAAGCACGAGGACGUGAACACACAACAGAAGAUACUCAGAGGACCUUUAUUCCCAAAAUUCCACUACCAGGUGUAUCUCACGUAUUUAAAUUCUUCUUUCUUUUUGUAAAGACUGAAUUGUUUUGGAAGGCACCGCCCAGCUGCUGUUUCCAGAGUUUACGCAAACUUUUACUCCAAGCUGCUCAUCCUCGUCUGUUUCCUCAGAAAUACCGAACUUCUCAGUUUCCUUCUGUGUUCACUCAAACAGCCUGCAAGGCUUCUGAGAGAGGCAUUAGGAUGCUAGAAAAAAAAAAAGGCGAAAGCGCUGGAAUUGAGGGGGGGUUGUUGGGUUGAGGAUCCCUGUGCGUGUGCCUGUAUGUGUGUUGAGAAACAGACCAGUAAGGUUUAAAAGGUUGGCCUGUGUGGCCUUGCUUAUAAAUCAAACUGAUCUUUUUACUAUUUUACUGUCAUUUUCUAGUGAAUGCGGACAUGCUUCCCAUACGGAAGGAGGAGGAAUAAGUUGAAACAUUGCAAAUAUAAUAAAAAUCCCAGCAGUAAGCGAGACGGGUGUGCAGGAGCUCCGUUAGGUCGGGGGUCGUGCGUUCCCUGCGUCACAUGUUCCCGUCUUUUUAAAAGGCGCUGGUGAAAUAAAGCCGGCGAUUAGAACAGCCUCGGGAUCGUGGAUAGAUUUAACAGAGUGACUAAACACAGCCACGGGUCUAAACUCUCACACACCUACCAAGGACCAAACGCCACACGGCUGCAGUAAUAACACGACGUAAUCGAUGGUACUGCCACUGUCUUCUUGCGCAUGAACAUGAAAGAUCAAAAAAUGCAGAAUAAAAGCAGACAGUGGCUGCAGUGGUUUUAAUACUCUGGUUCUUAUUUUAGAACUUAAUCUUUCUCUUCAGCCCACAGAGCGGUUCUUCCUCAUACCAAUCCAAAUGCUCUCUGCAGGUAGACGGGCGUGGACGCAGUGUAGUGUAGAUUCUCCACGGAUGAGUCCAUGUGGUCACAGAGAACAGGCAGGCGAGCAGACAUCCACACAGAUCCUCACACUCACUGAUGACAAAGCCUCGAAAGUCCGUUUGGUUCGUAAUUUGUGACAAAUUUGCAUCACUCAGACUCGAGCAGACUCCAGAAUCUUUUUUUUUUUCCAGCGUCAUCUCUACUGAGUUCCUAGCUCACCUGCUGCACUUGCAGUUUUAAAUCUUCGCAUUAUUGGCAAGUGAUGCUUUAUUAACAAACGUUAAGCUUUUUCCUUUCACCACUGAAGCUUUUUAAAUGACUGGUGCUCAGUAGUGAUCUUAAGUCCAAACUACAGAAGUCAUCUAUUUAAAAAAAAAAAAAAAAGUGCCAAAUCUUUUAUUUGCGUUAAGUUUCUCCCCAAAGAAGAAAGAGGAGGAAAAAACCCAACCGAUCCAAGACCCAAACCUUGAGAGAACGUCGGCAGUGUCUGUAGCUCGACAUGCUGCCAGGCAUCAAUACGAAAGGUGAAAGAGAGAGUGCUGCAUGAGAGUCAAGCUCAGUCCUUAAUCAGCUUAGCCAACUGAAAAUCUCCAAUCUGUUGUAAACCUUUUGAUUUCUAUUGGACCAAAAAGGCUAAAAAGUGUAAAUCUACUCUCAUCAUUCAUUAUUUCAAAAACAAGGCCUAUAAACACGGGUGCGACUCCACUGAACCUAAAUCCCCUCUGAGUACCGAGCAGCACAGUCCCACAGGGAGAGACCCAUAAACCAGCUCUGAAUAUAAGACAGUCUUGGUGCAUAGGUUGACCUACAAUGCUGGAAUCUUUCAAAGGAAUAAUAAAAAAAAAAGACCAUCAGUGAAGAUCUGCUGCUCCUCGUGGACGGCCUCCUGCUCGUUUAUCUCUGGUGGGCUUCUGAGUGCUUGCAGCGAGCGCUCUGCAGGAGAGAAGCGAACAGCUGGAGUGAAGCUCUGACAGCUGUCAGAACAAAGAACGAGGCUUUAAUGGGGGGGGGGUUAAUUGAGUCCGGUGGGAGCAGCAGCUGUAUGGGCGGGCACACUCAGUGUGCUCGACAGCAAACCAGGACUGUUCAAGUGCUCCUCCAUGAGGAAAUGUUCUUCACUGCCAUUUUAUUGACAAUGCGGGAGGCGACACGGUGUCAGCCUGCUCACAUACAAACCUAUAAGCUUGGGUUACAGGGUCUCCACCUGCUCACCCCCUCACUGAUCCUUCAGCUUCUCAGUCUUGUGUUGAACUGUGUUCUCAGCAGAGGGGACUGGAUGUACUCUUUGGGCUUUACUUUACACCCCCCACAGAAGGAUCCACCCCCUUUUUUAACCAGCCUGGGUGGGGCUAAAAGAAGCUGAAAAACAAAAAAACCUCUGAGUUGAUUUAUUUGCAGACUUGCCAUACGUGGAUUUGACUGUAGUUACUCUUAAAUUUGGUCUUUUUUUUUUCUUUUUUUUUGCCCGUUUCACCCAACUGUUAAUUCAAACUACCUUACUAACUGCUGGUGAACAAAGAGGACUUUGUAACGAAGAUGGAGCUCACCAACAUCUCUAAUCACUUCCUGCAACAGUUUCUGGGGGUCACGAGAGAUUUUUAGUAGCCUUUUUUUCCCUCAAUGAUGAAGAUGAUCCCUAAUUUGACCUCUUCACCUCUCUGCUGUCACAGCCCCGGGCCUUUGUGUUGUCAGAUAAAUUAGAGGCGGACAUGACAAAAACCAAAAGAAGCAAAGACACAAUCAGAUUUGCCUUUUAACUUUCUGAAAUCUAUUUUGGAAACAAAAAAAAAAUCAAAUUAGAUGAUUGGAAAUAUUUUUUUAAUGGCGCUGCAUUAUAAAUACAUUAUGAAGGCUCCGGUUUGCAGUCGCAGAGAUAAAGCCUGGAUUUGAGUCUGAAAGACGAAAUCCCAGAGAUGUAUUUAAACAAAGUAAAUAAAUAAAAAACACAGAAACAAAAUAAGUUUUCUUCAUCGCUCUAUUUGCAAAGCAUAAACAAAAUAAAACUGUGUUCUUGUGUAUGACAUGAAAAAGGUCUUUAAAGGGCUGAUGUAUAACUUCUCAGCUUCUCACCAUGACCAGCACCUUCUUAUACAAACACAAGGCUUCCUGUCAAACUUAGCCCCGCCCACAUCAGAAGUGUUCUAACACUUGAGGAAAACACUUUUUCAUGAUGGGUUUUCUGUUUUUAACUUUCAAAGAAAAUACAUGUGAGACACAAGCUGGGCUAAUACAAGUCACCUGUUUUAUUUCCACGUGGGCAGACAAUGUUAACAUCGACCAACUGUGGCUGAAAACAAAGCAGCUUUUAAAAGAAAUCCUUAUUUGAGGAGGCUGAAUGCUGCAAGCGUGGCAGCUGCAGCACCAGCUGCUGUUUGGACCUCAGCCGCUUAAGUAUAAGCCGGGCUCAGACUCCGCCUCCGCCGUCCUCCUCCAACCAGGCAGCAGCUGGCAAGGUCCCCUCUGUAUCUGUUCUAGUGGGUUUAUUUCUGUUUUAAGUGUUUCUACUCUACACACUACAAUAAAGUGUUCUCCUUGUUGAUAUCUCCCUGCCCCACCUGACGAUAAUGUAUCAAAUCUUUAAAUAUUAUCAUGUUAAGAGUAUACUUUAUGCAAAUAUAUAUGAGUAUGAUGAGUGUAUUGUAUGUAUCAGCAGUGAAAUAUUUUUCAAAUAAAAUUAUUUGUUUCUGUCAUCGA